GGGAAAGCUCUGAGCUGUAACACCUGUAAGGCGUUUGCUCCGGACUGUAUAGGGGAGUCUUGUGAAUGCAAAAAUGGAGAAGACACCUGUGCAAAAGUGAUUGAAUACAACACUGUUUAUGAUGACUUGAUAAUCACAGUGAAGAAAGGAUGUUUGAAUGGUAAUAUGACUUGCGGCAAUUACUAUGGUUUGGAUACAUAUGGCUUUUACCUAGAUAUAUACACUGAGUGCUGCACAGGAGACAACUGCAAUUGUGGUUUAAUUGAAGUGCCCUGGAAAAAUAUGACAGAGAAUGGAUAUCAGUGUGACUCCUGUUUUGCUCAGGAUAGUCUUAACUGUACACAGAAACCCAUGAAGUGCACCGGUAACAAAACCUCGUGCUUCAGUUAUAAUGGAAAAGCAUCUCGGCCAGGAAAAGCAAUAAGGGAUUAUGCUUUCUCUGGCUGUGCCACGCCGGAAUCAUGUGAAGUUGCGAUGCAUUAUUUAAUAGGAUCUGUGGCAUAUAAUCCAAAUGGGCUGAGUUGUAAAGAUGCAUUGAAAAUCUGA